AUGAACAAGACCCGGGAGAAGUUCUCCAACGUCAUGGAUGCUUCAUCUCGGGCUGUUAACUUCCUGGGCGAUGAGGACAAGAAGGCUGAAAAGACAAAGCAGUGGAAGAAAGUCCGCGAUGCCAUGGCAGCUGCCGAGGCGGAGCGGGAGGCAGCGGCCAAUGCGGCCAAGGCCCGAGGCGUUGAGGGUGCGGAAGCCGCUCAGAAUGCCAAGGCACCGAUCUUCUGUAGCUUGACACGUUUGAAAGGCCUAGUUAGCCUAGUUAGCCUCAUUGCGCAAGCAGCGCAGGCGGCAGAGCCGGAGUCUGCUCUGGUCGUGUCCCAGGCGGAACACAAUCGGAACUUGGGUGGCUUCCUUCGAGCGCACAGCUCCUCGUGGGACCGUUUCGGCGCCCGAUUGGGGGAGAUGCCCUUCCUCAGCAGCGUCUUCGAGAAUCCUCUCUUCGACCGAGUAUUCGGAGAGACGGAGAUCGCGGCAUCCAUCCGCGAGAUGAAGGCCAAGCUUGGGGUGACUGACACACAGCUUGGUUGUGCUCGUCCUCAAGAGCUGAUGGGUGCUGCCGCAUCGGAUGGCAUCGAUCCAGAGACGGAGCCGUUGCGGAUUUUGCUCUCGCAAAACAGAGCAAGUGAAGCGGCCCGAAAGAACUUGGAUGCGUGCGGAGGUGGUGUCUCCGAGGAGGAGAAGGAGGUGGCGGAGCUGCGUCGCCGAGUUCACCAGCUCCAUCGGGAGAAGAUCUGGUGGAGGGACGAGUGUCGCAAAGUGGAGGAGGAGAAGGACGAGAUUGAGCGACGGUAUUUUUUCGGGUCGGUACGUUUGCAAUCGCCGUUGACCAGAACGGAGCAGAUCGCGUACCAGCCUGACCAUUACAGUGGUGAUUGGAAGUGGUACAAGCUGAACUGCCCGUGCUGCAAGAGACCGCUGGAGGUGACAGUCACCAGCUUGACGGAGCCCUGGAAGGGCUCACAGUGGCCUGGGCGCCGUGCCUUCGUCGGCUCCCUCUGGGGUGCCAAUGCGGGCUACGCUUUGGGAGCUUUGGUUCUUGGCGUGCGUCUGCGUGAGCUCUCACCCGACAUUGAACGGGUGAUUUUGCACACGGACGACGUGCCCCGGAACUACCUCCAAGCUUUCGAGCAGGACGGCCUUUGGCAGCUCAAGGAGGUGAACUACAUAGAUGGGGUGGAGGAUCUUUAUGUCAGCAAGGGGAACAUCUUUGAUGGCGUGUUUACCAAACUGGCCGCCUGGACCCUGGUGGAGUUUGAGAAGGUCUUGCUCUUGGACUUGGACAUCAUCCCGUUCCGUCCCAUGGACGAGCUGUUCGACCUGCCCUGCCCGGCGGCCAUGGUGCGUGGCCAGGGCGAAAAUGAGCAUGGCAGGGAGGUCGACGGAAGGCGAUUCUUCGCUGGAGGUGACAAUGAGGACUAUCCGUGGGGGCAGACGGGUGGCAUCAACGCGGGUGUAAUACUGCUGCAACCAGAUGCUGGCGUGUUCCAGGAGAUGCACUCGGAGGUGACGUGCAAGAACCACCCUUGCCAUGUCGCAGGGAAUGGGCCAGAGCAGGACUAUUUGUCGCGCUUCUUCGCCUCGAGGCGUGGGUCUCCGUGGCAUCAGAUCAGCGUUGCCUGGAACUACCAACUGCAUCAGUCGCUCUUUUCCGUGGAGCGUGUUAUCGAGUGGCAUCGCUUCAUGGUCACGUCAGGGAAGGAGUUCAGCCGCGCUGACCUGGAGUGGGUGCCGCAGCGAAUGCGAAUGGAACUCGAGGACAUCGGAGUGGUCCACUUCAGUGGAGAAGUGAAGCUCUGGCAUCUCUUCUUGAAGACGCAUCAGUCCGACGACGUCAGACGUAACGUGAGCCACGAGGCGAUGAAGGGCGAGUCCUCUGCCUGGAGCGACGAGACGUUCGCAGAGCACAUCAUGUCGGUCCAACGCGGUUAUCCGCUCUGGAUGUCCAGGACAGCGGAUCUGGCAGACUACGAGGCGCUGGGCUGCAGAAGAGAGGACAAGAAGAUUUUCAUCGGCGACAAGGACAUGACGGAGUUGGUGGACACUUUGGUGCAGCGGGUCUUGCAGGUUGCGCAGAAGGCGACGACGGUGUGGCGAGAAUGCGCAGAGACUCUUCUACAGCAGCAGCCAGAAAUCGUGCGCCAGCUGGAGAACCCUGCCGUGCCCGAGGGCUGCUUCCCUCUGGGCACUCGCGUGGAGGUCAGCUGGAUUCUGGGCUCAGGCCGUCGCGCUUCCACACGUUGGCUGCCAGCCCAGGUGCUUGGGGUCCAUUCCGAUGGCGCAUAUGUGGUGAGGUUUGAGCAGGGGGGCGGGUGGGGCGACACCGAGCGCCACGUCAAGUCAGAGCGGGUCCGGAGAGUGGAGAACGGCUCAGGCCAUCGGUAA